UCCAGAACAUAGACAAUGCACAACACAAUGUAAAGACUUUAAAGACAAAAUUACAUUUCUCUCAUAUCUCUCAUGACCCGCUGCACAAAACAGGAAAAACAUACCUUUGGCCACACAUGCCCUUCUACCAGACAUUGGCCACGCCUCGUUCCGCAUAGCCCUACAUUAACCUCAAUACUGGUAUUUACAAAUGAGACAGUUUGACAGAAGUGUGAAUGGAAGAGUUGCUUUAAGCUGUGGCUUUGGACCAAACCACCAUUGUCAAUUCGCCUAAUUCGCCAAUUAAGACCAGCAAACCCGCAUAACUGCGCAAUGAUUUAUUCUAUCGCAACACUUCUUCGUUCUUAUAGUUCCACUUUGCGUUGAAAGUGGUAAAGUUUUGAUUUUACCCGGGGAGUAUAGUCAUUGGCAUAACAUGCGAAUGCUUGUGGAAGAUCUUGUGGAACGGAACCACAGUGUUACGGUUUUAAUCAACUCAGCCUCGCCCUCUGUGAAAUCAUUUCAGGGCGAUCGUGUAAACUUCCAGGUUUUCCAGGCUCCUCUUGAGAAGCACGGGGUAAACGCUAAGUGGAAUGAAUUCAUUGAUCUGUGGAUGUACCAGUCUAGGAAGUUGUCUAAAUUACAGAUGUUUUUUAAAACGAUAGCCGUGAUGGACUGCAUCAUUUCUCACAACUACAUAAUGUGUGAUGGCAUACUACGUAACGCGGCGCUGAUGGAGACACUGAGAGGACUGAAGUUUGAGGUGAUCUUGUCUGACCCUAUGAUGCCCUAUAGCGACGUCUUGGCAGACAUACUAGAGCUACCAUUCGUUCUGUCUCUGAGGCUCUCCUUUGGCUAUGUAUUUGAGAGGGAGUGUGGCCAAUUGCCCACACCCCCGUCGUAUGUACCUGUCGUGCCUGCGCAGUUCACAGACCACAUGGACUUUGUGGAAAGGUUGCAGAACUUUUUGAUGUACUCAAGUGAAAUCAGAGUUAAGGUCCAUAAGGAAGAUAUUUAUUCUUUCUUUAUGAAUGAUUCCAUGCAUGUACUUGCUUUCUUUCUCAGUCUGUAAAAUUCACUUGUUCUUGAUUUUACUGUGUUUGUUUACCCCAAAAUGUAUUUGGUAAUCUGUUAUUUUGUGCUCAUUUCAUACGGAAUACUGCUGUUGCCAUUGGUUUCUUGGAAUAUUCUAUUCUACAUUAUUCUAUUCUGACUAUUACAAUCAUGAUUGCUGUAUUGAUUUUUUUAAAUAAAUGUCAGAGAUAUCCAUUUUUCCUCAGCUAAACCAACAGAAUUAUGUGAUGUCC